GCGCGCUGUUACAACGCGAAGUUGUGUUUUGUUAUUAUUGUGCCGUGAAUUCCAUAUAGCAAAACAAGAUUCAACUUUUAUUGACACAAUAUAUAAACAAAUUAACCAAAGAAUAAUCGUAAAGAUGACAGAAGAAUCGCAAGUGGGCGCAUUUUAUGCCGGUAAAAAUUUCUUCAUAACCGGCGGCACCGGCUUUGUCGGAUUGUGUCUCAUUGAGAAAAUACUACGUACAAUACCCGAUGCUGGAAAAUUAUACCUGUUAAUGAGACCGAAAAAAGGCAAGGAGAUAUCGGAACGAUUGGAGGAGUUUCCAACGAAUCCUGUAUUCGAGAAACUUCUAGAAACUGAAUCAAAAGAUAUCUUCAAUAAGCUGGUGCCGAUAUCCGGGGAUGUGGGCUCUAAAGACCUUGGUAUCAGUAGCACAGAUCGACAGACGCUUAUUGAUAAUGUUAAUGUGGUUAUCCAUUCCGCUGCAACCCUAGACUUCGAAGAGAGCUUGAAGCCCACAGUCAAGAUUAAUAUCUUAGGGACUCGGCAAGUCAUGGAACUGUGUCAACAGAUUAAAAACUUAAGGGUGAUGGUUCAUGUAUCGUCCGCUUAUGUGAACUCUUAUUUGAAAGAAACUAAUGAGAAGGUUUACGAUUCACCAGCAGAUGUUGAAUCAGUAAUCAGCAUGGCUGAUAAGCUCACAGAACAGGCCUUGAUUGAUUUAGAGAAGACCAUAUUAAAAGAUCAUCCAAAUACUUACACAUUUACAAAACAUCUCGCCGAACAUGAAGUCAAGAAGUACGCUGAUAAAUUCCCAUGUACGAUAGUCAGACCGUCAAUGAUUGUAGCGUCAUGGAAGGAGCCGGUCAUCGGUUGGACUUGUUCCAAAGUUGGACCGCAAGGUUUCCUCAUGGGAGCCGCUAAAGGCGUUGUCCGUAGACUUCCUCUAGCGAAAGAUAAUAUCGCCGACUAUAUUCCAGUCGACGUGGUGGUUAAUCAGCUCCUUGUGGCUGGCUGGUACGCUGCUACUUCUAAGUCCGGGCUCACGGUGUACCACUGCUCGUCCUCAACCCAAAAGCCAUUCAGAUGGUCAAUGAUAGAGCCUGUAGUCAAUAAUAUACUACAUAACUACCCUCUUAAAAGUGCUGUGUGGUAUCCAUAUUUGAGCUUCGUUCCAUCUCUCUGGCUGUUCCGUCUGUCUGCUAUUUUCGUUCAUUUCAUCCCGGCUGUUCUAUUGGAUACGUUAUUGAGGAUAAUGGGAGGGAAACCUAUAUUAUUUCGUUUGCAUAAAAACGUAUGGAAUUCACUCAAUCGACUUGAGGUAUUCAUAUUCACGGAAUGGAAGUUCCACAAUCCAAAUACGAGGGAACUUAAUGGGAAACUUAACAAGACAGACAAGGAGAAGUUUUUUAUAGACAUCGAGAAUAUGUAUUGGGAAGAAUACUUUGUGAAUCUACAUCUGGGCGUACGAAGAUAUUUGAACAAGGAAAGCGAGAAAACAUUACCAGCUGCAAAAAACAAGCAAUCAAUCCUCAAGAUGGUUCAUAUCGUAUGGCAAGUUUUAGUGAUUACUUUAGUAUGGUUCAUCGUCUCAUGUAUCACUGGGCUCACUAUGAUCCAGACUUCUUGGUGUCCUCCUGUCAUUUAUUUCUUUUACAGCUUUUUAUAAAUUUAAUUUUAAUUUGUUGGAACAAUAUCACAUGAAAAUUAAUAGAUUAUUAUUUUAAUAAUAAUUAUUACAGUAUUUUUUAUAAUUGUUUCGAAAUCACUAUUAUACACUAUUAUUAUAUAUGGGUUUCAAAUUUUAUAUUAUUUUGUAUUUCAAAAUAAGAAUCUCCUGUAUCAAUAAUUUUGGAUCACAAUUAACCAGUAAGUAAAUUGACAUUUUGUCU